AUGAAUUAAAAUUAUAUUGACCAAGCCUAUAUGACUAAGGUUUAGUAUUCAUUUGAUUUACAUAGAAAUUCUAUAGAGCAUUUGGGAAUUAUUUUGGACCUCAUACUUCAACACCCAGUAUGGCAUCAGAAUAUUUAUCAUCAACAAGGACCCAGACAUCCAAUUUAUACAAAUAAAACAGUUUAGCAAAACCAAUUACAACUCCUUAAAAUGUAAGUAAACCAAUAAAUUUAAAUUCUGUUCAAGUAAAAACAUAGACUCAACAUAUUUCUAAAUAACAGCCAUAAGUUCAUCAUAUUAAAAGUUUAUCAUCAGACUUAAAGAAUUAACAUCAAUAAAAAAGAUUCAAAUAAGAGAAAAUGAUAUUAUAUACAGAAUCAGAUUAGCAUCCUUUUUUGAUCAUUUAAAAAAAGGCAAAGGAAUUAAGAAAAAUUGAAUCUCGAAAAAGUACUUUGCCUUCAAUUUAAACUGAAUCUUAACAUAGUGCCAGAUUGCCAGAUAUUCCUCCAUUACUUCAAAUUCCAAUAAUAUAAAUUACAGAACCAUUAGAGUAGCAUUCAUAAAAAGGUUAAGAAUAUGAUUCAGAUAAAGAUGAUGAUUCUUAAGAAGAAGAUGAUAUUCCUCAAGGUUAAAAGAAGAUGAAGAAACUUUCUGUUAGACUCAAAUUUAAGAAUGCUGUUUAAUCAUAAGUUUCUACACUUUUUAUCAAUAAACAAGUAAAAUUAUUACAAUUAUUUAAGCCAAAGUCACUCUUUAAUGUGAUAAUCUCCCCUGAAUUUACACUCAAGCAUGAAGAAGAACGUUAAAAAAUAAGUGAUGCUUUUGAAGCUGGAAAUUUUAUAUUAUAUAAAGCAAAGUAAUUUCAAUAGAAAUAAGUAACCCAUAAAAGAAAACUAUUUGUUACAUAAUUAAAUAUCAAGCAUCCUCAUAAAAUGAAUAAUAUUGUCAGUUCAUAAAUAGCUAAAUUAAAUACUACAAAUAAGGCAUUUUAAAGAAAAAUUAAAAUGAUUUUAACUACAACUGAAAAUAGCAAAGAAAUUGAGCAACCCUAAAAAUUUUCAUUAUUAUCUAAAUAUAAAAAAAGCUAAUUUAGUUAAUAAGGUAGUAAUGAACAUAUUGCUUAAGUUAUCAAUCUAAAUAAAGAUUAAUUUACAAUUACAAUAACUAACGAUAAAUUAGAAAAUGAAAUUCAAAUUUUUAACAGACCAAAAUUUGUUAUUUAAAUAGAUUAAAUUAUUGAAGAAGUUUAAUUAGCAUAAUCUCCCCCUAAAUAAGCUAAUUCUCCUGGAAGAAGAAUCUUAUAACAUUCUGGAUCUAUGCAUUAAUCUUAAAAACACAUUAAUUUAAGACAUUCUGUUUCUUAAUAAAUUAUUAAAGAAGAAUCAUCAAAUGUUUCUAUUGUUCCUUAUUUAGAAGAAAACAAUAAUCUAGAUUUUAAUUAAGAAUUCUCAAAAGUAAAUAAAAUAUAUUAAUUUAUUUAAGUCUAAUUUAUAUGUCAGACUUUAUUAUUAAGGUAGAUUACAUAAAUUGCCAAGAAAAACUACUUUUGUUGGGAUGAAUCUACAAGAAAUUGAAGAUUAUUUUACAUCUUAACAUCAAUUAAUUAAGCUAACAAAUAUGUAUUUUCUUAAGAUAUUUAGAAAUUUUUAAGCCACUGAAGUACCAGGAUUAGAAUAGAUUGGUCCUACAUUAGAAUAAAAUUUAGAUAUACCUAAAUUUAUACUUUAUCAACCAAAAUUAUGUUUAAACUUUAAUUUUGAUUAAAGUGUAACAUUUUCUUCAAGUGAUUCAGAAUAAAGUUAGUCUUUGGAUUUACUUUUAGAAGAACCUAUUUAAAGUUUAAUUUUAAAUAAAUUUAGGCUAGGAUUAUAAAAAGAAGAGCACGAAAGUAAAAUGGUUAAUAUAAUAAAAUCACUAAACAAUUUGGAUUAAGAAAAAGAUGAGACAAUAUUUAUUGAGGAUGAUUUCAAAAAUUUCAAAAGUAAUCAUUUAUGUUUUAAUUUAUAUCAGCUCUAUCAACUGGUUAAUUGACUCUUAUUAAGAAAGCUAAAAAUCAUUUUUUAUAACCACUUGAUCUUGUUUACAUUAUAAAUACAUUAGAUUAAAAUACAAAAAACGAAUUAUUAACAUUUCCUUAACAAGCCAUACCUAUAAAUUAGAUAUUAGAUUCAAUUAAUUCUGAUAAUGAUAGUUUGGCUUAUAAAUAACUUGAAAAAUAUUAUGAUAAAUUAAUUUUAAAAAAGAGAAUAAUAGAAUAAUUAGAAAUUAGACAUGAAUAAAUAUUAAUUGGAAGAUAUUAAGAUAAGGAAAAAGUUAUUGAUAUAGAACAUUAAGAUUUAAUAGAUACUUUAUAAAAUCUACCUGAAAUACCAAAAUUAAAAGAAAUAGAAAAAUAAUAAAAAAGUUAAAAGUCAUAAUAAUAAUAAUAAUAAUAAUAAUAAUAAUAAUAAUAAUAAUAAUAAUAAUAAUAAUAACAAUAAUAAUAAUAAUAAUAAUAAUAAUAAGUUACAAAUUAAUAAAGCGUAAAAGGAGAAUAAUAGAUUAGAUAAAUUGUUAGUAUUAAAAAAAAUUUACUUAAUAAAAAAUAAUUAAAAAAAAACUAAACAUAAACUAUAAAUAUUUAACCAAAUUUAAGGACAAAAUAAACUAGCAACUCACCAGAUUAAACCAACUCAAGAUUAACAAUGUAAUAUUCUAAUUAAUUAACUAAUUAAUAAACUUAAAAUAAUAUUAUAACAUAAUCUACUACAUAAUUUUUAACAAAACCAACUAACCAAUCUUAAUAAUCAGUCAAUGUUUCAGGAACAAAAAUAAUCCAAAAAAGUAAAUCAAAUGCAGAUUUAAGUGAAACAUCAUCUAUAAAAUCUUCAAAUAGUAAAUUAGAGAUUAGUUCAUAAAAGAUAUUAGAAGCUGAUAAUUAAAAGCAUUAAACAAAGAAUUAAUAAACUCAUGAAGUAGAAAAUGAAAAAAAAGUCAAACAUCAUUAAACAAAAUCAGAAAAUUUAAUCAAUAAAAUCUUUGAAUAAAAAGUAUAUAUUUAUAUUUUUAUAAAUUAUCUCUUUAGAUUUCAAGUAUGCAAUAACAUUCAUUGAGAAUGAGAAGCCAUGCAGAAGAAUAAACAAGAAGAUAGAAAUAUGAUCAAAAAUAUCAAGUAAAAUUUGCUAUAGAGGAUAAUAAUUUUUAAGAAGUAAAUAAUAUCUUUAAGAAAAUAGUUUUUGGAAAACUUUAAAUAAUUGCCAGAAAUGUAUAUUGAUUAUAGAUUCUAAAAAAAUGAAACAUUCUUAACUUUAGCUACAUAAAGUGGAAAUAAGGAGAUUGUAAAAGAACUAAUCAAGAGAGGAGCAGAUAUUAACAUAUAAAAUGUAUUGUUUUACUAAAAAAGGAUGAUGGAAAUACCCCCUUGCAUUUGGCUAUAGCAUAUUCUCAUUUUAAUAUAGCUGACUUACUCAUGUUUUCUGGAGCCUCUUCUCACAUUUUAAAUAAGUAGGGUAGGAAUGCUUGGAAUGUAAUAUGAUAAAUUAAUGUAUCUACUAAUAAUUUUGAAUCUAUAAAAAGAUUACAAAUCUUGA